AUGAAACGGAGACAAGCCUGGAAGCCUGAAAAGGAGAAACCAGAGUGCUUAGUCUCCGCUUUAAACGAAAGUUGGUGUCUACCAGCAAUGACUCAGCCAAAGAUUUCGAAAAAUCCGAUUUAUAAAGAUUAUUUUACACAUUUUCCUGUAAAUUUAGAAAUUUUCAAGGGGAACGAGCUAAUAGAUCUAUACUUUAAAGAUGUAAUAUCAGCUACACAAAACAAUGAUUAUGAAAUUUCGAUUAAAAAAUCAAGAAAACCAAAAUUUAAUACUGUAAAAGAUAUUAUUAAUGGAGAAAAGCCAGUUAAUUCAAAUAUUUACAAUAAACAAGUUGCGUACUUCUUCGUUAAGUAUACAAAUAACCCGCCAAUCUCACCAAGAACUCUAAAUUCGCGUUAUUAUUCACCUUUUACAUUAGAAAAAGCCGUAUAUCUUGCUACUCAGUUUGAAGAUAUCAAGUAUACAUUCGUUCCAGGAUCCCCAAUUGUUGUUCGCACAUAUUUAUUUGAUGGAGAAGAAAUAAUUACUGAAAUGGUAGAUUGGAUACCGCAAGCAUGCGCCUCAGAGUUCCAAAGUAAGAAACAUUUCUGGAACGUUCAGAAAAUCGCAUACGAAAUGCCAAGAUCAAAUCCAGAUCUUGCUUUAGUUGUAACAUUAUCUCAUCCACUUCACAACAAUCACGGAGAUGCAUUUAUCAAUUAUUAUCAAAAGGCUAACGAAUCUACAUUAAAAUCAGCGAAAAAACAAAUCAUUGAAUUAUGGAGUAUGCAAAAUACUGUUUUAGAAACUUUUGCUUGGACAAUAGCAAGAGUAACAGAUAUACUUUCAGCCGAAGGAUUGUUUACCUUCCCAAAUCCCGUUCCAAUCGGAUCUCAACCUGAUAAAGAAACAAUCAUGAAAAAUUUGCACGAAUUCGAGAAGAGAAACCAACUAAAUCUCAAAAUAACUAUAAAUGCCAAACUUAUGCAUAAAUCUAAAGAAAUUGCAGGAUAUAAAAUUGCAAAAUCACUUUCAUAUAAAGAAACUACACCAUCCUAUCAAUUCAGACAUCAUAUAGUAUUCACAUUAAACGAAUUACGCAUUACAAAAAGCUUUGAAAAUGUAAUUGCAAAAAUUUCUUUAUUCAACAAGAGAUUGAACAAGAAACUACCAGCGUUUACAGCACCUUAUUCAUCAGAAAGGACAACAUCGGCUAUUACAAGGCUUCAUACUCAAAAAUUUCGAAGUUCAAGUUUGGUAUUUUUUAAUGAGCGCUUUACUUUCGAAUUACCUGCUAAGAUAUCAAUAGAUAUUACAAUCCAGAUAGAACUUUUCAACAUAAGAGUUAGCCAUCCCAAUCAAUUCAACCAAAUUGAUAAAAUAAUUAUUCCUUAUGAUGAUCCACGCGUUUACAUCGAUAGUAUUUACGAAAUUGGUGCUAAUUUGAAGCGAAGUCUCUUUCCAAGACUCAGAGUUGCUGAACUUACUCUUAAAUCCAACUUUUCUGAAGGAAUUUUUUUACUUGAUGACAUAAUAAACGACCACAACACCAAGAUCUGCUAUUCUUAUGCGAUGCAGUUUGGUCUUCCUCAAGAUUUCAAACAAACCAUGGUAAAUCUCGUCAAUUUCAUGCCCGAAUCGAGUUAUACAAUAUGGUUUGUCCUUGAAUUAGCCCUAAAAGACACAAUUAAACCCGAUUCCAGGAUUGAAGUUCUGAAUCUUAUUGAUAAACUAACAGAAAUGAAGAAAAUCGACCACAUUGCACGAUUUACUAACUGUUUACUAGGUUUAGGAUUCGUUUCCGCCGCCAGCGAAAUCGUUUACAGAGUUUACCAAAAGUUGAUUGAAAUGAAAAGCGAUGCCAACUUGUUUUACAUCAAUUUAUUGACUCCGAGACAUAUCUGCGAAUCCUUUUUGUGCACGGACUAUUCCAUUAUGACAUUCUCUUUAGUUUGCCAAUCAAAAGAUCUCAGAGUUUUCGAGAGAUUGUUAAUUUGUUUCAGUGAAAUUCCUGACAAAUUAACUAAAGAAAUAUUGAAGAGAAUGAUGCCUCCUUUAUCAUUCCUUUUCCCCAUUAAGAACUGUCCUUUUGUCAUGUUCUUCCUUGAAAACAUCACUGACGAAAUGUUUAAAGAGUGGUGGCCGAAAGUUAACCACAAAGAUGUUUUGUCAUCAAUGUUUUAUGAUGAACAAAGGUAUCAGUUGUCAGGAUUGACGUUCUACGACAAGUGUUUGAGCCCUGGAAAUAUAUCAUUGAUUUCGCAAUUAAUUUUCGAUUUAAUUCCUAAUUUGGUUGUGAACAAUUUCCAGUUGGUUUUUCAAAUAAUUUCAAAAAUGACAGAAAUGAAAGAAUUUUACAAAAAGUGUCAGCCAAAUUUAGCUGUUUUCUUUUCACGUGUUUUUAUGUUUUGUGCAGCUUAUAAUGAUGGAUAUAAGCUGUUCAGUUCUUUGUAUGAUGGCGACAAAAAGUUCCAUAACUCAGUUUCAAGAAGUCGAAGUAUUUUGACUUAUUCAAUUUAUUUGGCCGACCAAAAAUAUCUGAAAAACGUGAGUUAUUUAAACAAAGACGAGACAAAAGCAUUGUAUCAGAGAGUGUUGAAUUACAAGCACUUGAAGAAUGAUCUCUACGAACAGUCCAAAGUCAUCAAACAUUCUCCAGACGCUUUUGUUGAUUUGAUGUUGAAAUUAAGUGAAAAUUAUCACAAAGAAGACAUGUUUUCAGAGGAAAUUCAAACGAAAAUAUAUGUUGUAGCAUAUAUUGUUGAACACAUGAUAUAUCUACAUAAGAUCCAGGAUAUAUUUAACACGAAUCAUCCUUUUGCAAACGUUUGUCCUUCUUCUGCAAAUAUUGUUCCUUCUGGAAAAGUUUGUUCAGGAAUUUUCACUGAUUUCUUCACAAAAGAAUUCCUCCAAAAACUGGUCAAACAAACAAUUGAUGUUUGCUUGGAAUCAAAGUACUACGAAUACGGAACAUCUUUUAUUGAUGAUGUAGUUCCUUUGUGCCAGUUUUUGUUCAAUUCUUUCUUUAAUAAAGAGAAAGAAAUGAUGAUAGAAAAACUCCAAAAUGUCGAAAAAAGAUAUUUUGGAAAUUAUUUCAGAGUUUCUUUCAUUGGAAAAAAGUUUUGCCAUGAAAAUGGAUUAGUCUUUGUUGUCCAUUUCCCGAAACUUUCCCGUUUGUUGGAUGUUUGCAAAUAUUACACGAAUUAUUGCAAAGAAAAGUUUGGUGAAAAGACAAAAAUAGAAGUUGUUCAAAGCAUCGGACAAAUAACUGAUGAAAUGAAGAAUGACAAAGAAAAAGUCUAUUUUUGUGUCACUUUCAUCGAACCUUAUCAUAAAGAUCGUGAGAAUUCAAGCGGAUUUGAAAGUUUCCAUUUCGUCAACAAUUUCUUUUUCGAAAGGCCAUUCACUAUUUCAGGGAAUGCACAAGGAACUGUUGAAAAUCAAUGGCUGGAAAGAACUGUUUUGUCGACAUCUGAUAAAAUGCCAUCAGUCUCAAUGCGAUCGCUUGUUGUACGUGAGAAAAGCAUCAAAAUGUCUCCGAUUCGUGUAGCUUAUCGACAGUUACAUCAAAGAGUCAUUAAUUUAGAGAAUACAAUAAAUUCUGGAGCAUAUGAGACUUUACAGACACUUUUAUCAGGUAAUAUAAUGAUCUCUGUUAAUGAAGGCGUUGUGAGAAUUGCUGAAGUAUUCUUAAAUAGUCCAACUACUGAAGACUACGAAGAUCCAGUUAUUCUAAAAUACAGAGUCAAACUGAAAAAUGUUUUCGAAGAUUUUUUGGAGAAAAACAGAGAAGGACUCGAAAAACACAAAAAUUAUGCAGCAGAGCACCAAAAUUUCAUGCCAUUGCAUAAUGAACUAUCAACAAAAUUUGAGCAACUCGAGAAAACACUUUCACAAUACUUGUCGUAA